AUGGCCAGCAGCUUUGACUUCGAUGAGUUGGAGCGCCUGGAGUCACAGGUGAACCAACAUGCGCAGCCAAAGGAUGAAGAGGAGGAGAGCUCAAAGGACCCAAUGGAUAGCGACACAGAGCCCAUCCUCGAUGGACUCUUUGACUACGACGUGCGCUGCACCGUGGCAAACGAGUCUGUCAAGGACGUUCAGCUGCCUGCGCCUAUUGCGCCCUCGGGCUUUGCGCCCGCCUUGGCGACGGAAAAGAAGGCGUCUGCAGCCGAACUGCGGGAGCUGGGGAAUCGCUGCUUCCGCGAAGGCAGCUUCCAGGAGGCGGAGCAGCAGUACACAGCUGCGCUGGUUCAGGCUGGGGAGGCGCCCAGCCCGCGGCUCUUCUCCAACCGCGCAGCGGCGAGGCUGCGCUUGGGCAGCUGGGAAGAAGCGCUGCAGGACAUCAUGGAGGCCGCCAAGCGCGACCCACAAAACCCCAAAGUGCUGGACCGCUUUGCCCGGUGCCUGCUGCUGACCAACCGCCUCGCGGAGGGCGUCCACAUUUGCAAGAAGCGGCGUGCCAGCUUGACGGAGCAGCAGAAGAGCAGUGAGGAGUGGAAGCCCUUCAUGGCUCUGUCCAGCCGCCUGAGCCACCACGCGGGCGCGUUGCACGAGAUGGAGGCCAUCCUCGCGGCAGGCGACAAGUCGGCCGGAGCUGCGAAGGCCGUGGCCGACGCCGCGGCCAUUGCGCACGGCUGCGGGUCGAUGCUGCAGCUGCUGAGCCCGCUGGAGUGCCGUUCGCCCGUCGGGGUGCGGCUGCGCUUUGCCCAGCUCCGGGCCUAUCUGCUGCCCAUCGGGGAGUUUGCAGAGCGCCAGGACUGGGCGACCAAAGCGCUGGGCAUCACCGACUCGCUGCUGGCAGAGGACCCGCAGUGGCCGGACUCCCACCACUGGCGGGGCCACUGCUUGGCGCGCCUGGGACGGCGCCAGGAGGCCCGCCAGGCCUUGCGGCGCGCCCAGCUGUGUGCCGAGCAGAAGGGCGGCCGCCACGACCUCACGGAGGACCUGCUGGAUCAGAUGAGGAUCAUCGAUCAGCAGAAAGAGCUGGGCAACGAGGCGUACCAGCGCCAGGACUGGGCCGUGGCCAAAGAUUGCUACGACCAGGCCAUCGCCGCAGAUGCCACGCGCAUGGACGUUCAGCUUUCUGCUCAGCUUCACAGCAACCGCGCGGCGGUUCUGGCGCGUCAAGGCCAGCGCCGGGCCGCGCUGGAGGACACCUCGUUGGCUUUGAGCCUGGCCCCGAGCUACGCCAAGCCGCGGUUCCGGCGCGCGGUGCUCCUCAUGGAGCUGGAGCGCUACGCGGAGGCCUCCGCGGAUUUGGAGCGUUUGGCCCGGGAGGGGCAGACGUCCUUCGAGGCCUUCGGCGCGUGGCGCGCCCGGGCGCUGCGCUGGGCGCAGCGGCCGCCCAGGAGGAACUUCUACGCGGUACUGGGAGUCGCCUUCACAGCCUCCCAGGCCGAGAUCAAGAAGGCGUACCGGAAGUUGGCCCUGAAGUGGCACCCAGACAAGAACCCAGACGUCGCUGACGCGGCCCAGAGGUUCCAGGAGACUUGCAGGAGGCCUUCGAGACGUUGUCGGACCCCAAGCGGCGCCAGGAAUUGGACGACCCACUCGCAGGCUUUGCACAUGGAUAUCGCUGUGAUGUGCGGAGGCCUUGCAACCAUCGCAGUGCUGGGCGGUGCUGUGGACGCUGCCUUGCUCCUGUGGUGCCUUACGCAGUUCCGAUUGCCUUUCUUGGUGAUCCUCCACAUGGGCUACUCGGCCAUCUUCGCCAAGUACAUCAUACCUAUCUUUACCAUCCACGUGGGCUUCGUCUCAAGAAGCGAGUUGGCCAAAGACUACAAGAACGAUGAGUUUUGGGUACUCGUCGACAAGGAUACUGGUCGGUCAACUCCGGUGAAGGAGCUCGAGGCGGAGGAUUACAACGAGGCCUUCGACCAGGACCUCUUCACCUACGACAGUACGCGGAAUCCCUGGGACAAAGGCUGGCACA